AUGUCUGAGAUGGAGGGGACGUCGGCUGCACUCGCAUUGACACUCCACAAGGCCAAGGACGGCCAGGGCGUUAAAGUUGACGUGACCCUCAAGGCCCAGGACGUAGCGCCGUUGGCAAGGGUGGACGGCGUGGCAGAGAGGAUGGCGGCGUCGUCGUCGCAGACGAGGGGGACAGGCAGGGGCGCUUUCAAGCCGGCACAAGUGGCAUUGAAGUGCACGCAGAAGCGUCGCAUCUCUGACCUCGAACGUGGUAGAAGUGACGGCGAGGACACGGGUGGAAGCGGCGGCGUUGAUGGCCGUGACAAGAAGACCGGAGAGGUCAAGAAGGAGGGGUCCGCUGUUAUUGGCCGCACAUGGCUGGAUGCGUUGGUUGAGUGCGUUCGAAGUGGCAAGGCGGUGGUGGAUGGGUUCUGGUGGGUGGAAGUGGCGCUGGCCAUGGCGAUUGUGGUGGUCUUGACGCGCAACUGA